CCGCGACGCAGCCACCCGCCGCUCCGCCGCCUGGCUCCGCGCCUUAGUCCAGCUCUGCCGCAGCGGUCGCGAGGAGGGGCUGCUGGAGCGCGACUCGGGAGCCCCGGGUCACCACCCGGCCGCCGGAGCCACAGCCAGGCCUCCCUGAGCGGCGCCCACGCUCUCGCUGUUCGGACGCUCGCACCCGCAGCCACCUGCUCCCGGCCCGAGGCCAGGACACGAUGCGCUCCGCGCUGGCGCUCUCCGCGCUGCUGCUGCUGCUGCUGCUGCCGCCACGGUCGCUCUCUGAAACCGGAGACCCGCCCGCUCCUGCCUCAAAUCCCAUAACAGACCAUAUAACCUCAAGCAAGUCUGACGCCGACCGCAGUGACGGAAGGCAGGCUGUAGUCCCUGCCGUGACAAGCAAGGCUCCCCCAGCCACUGAGGGAAGGGAGGCGUCAGCCACCACGUCAGCCCCGGUCAACAAAAACCUGUCACUGGCACCCAGCGCCUCCACCGGUGCCCCAUUUGCAGCCCCGACCCAGAAAAGCACGGCCGUCCCGACCACUGACAAAGAUGGGGCGUCCUUAGCCACGCCCCCCCCAAGUACUGAUCCCCCAGCGACUCAAGGUUCAAGCCAGUCCGCGCUUCCACCAACCACGAAGUCCACGAAGCCCGACCCCACUGGCCAGCCAGCCGGAUCGGGAGCCCAGAGUAGCCCCGGCGUUUCCACCGACGACACGGCCACGCAGGGCACGGGGGCGCCGGCCUCUGCGUCUCCACUGGUCAGGUCCACCGGCGCCACACCUGCUCCGUCCACGGCCACCCCAACACGCCCUCCCCAGCCAGCUACAACUGCUUCUUUGAAGCCCUUGGGGAGCUCUUCCCAGGAACCAGACAAAAUCACUAUCACAUCAAGUAGUUUAGGCACCGAGACAAGUCCCGGCCCCACAUUAUCUGGGGCACCUACCACGCCAACAUCAUCGGCCGCCUCACAAGGAAAUCAGCAGUACUCCAGCAAGGUGCCGGCUGUCCCUGGGACUUCUGUCACUGAGACCUCUUCUUCUGUCACUGAGACUGCUGCUUCUGUCACUGAGACCUCUUCUUCUGUCACUGGGACCUCUUCUUCUGUCACUGGGACCUCUUCUGUCAUUGGGACCUCUUCCUCUGUCCCUGGGACCUCUUCGUCGGAGGCUCUGCAGCCUGCAGUCCCUUCCUCAGGACCGGUGGCCACCUCUGUCAUAGGACCUGGAAGCUUCAUCACUCCCUUGGCUCCAAAUACCCCCGUCUCCAGAAUGUCUUAUCCUCCCUCGACUCCUAAGAAUGAUGGGGCGCUGCCAGCAGUGGGAGGACAGAUAUGGUGUGGACUUCCCGAAAAUCAAACUGAAGGGAUGCUCGUCCUGAACUUCACGAAAACCAGCCCCUGUGUAAAGGACUUUUCGGAUGACCAUCUGGUUGAACUGCUGUGCAAGGCAGCCAAAGCCACCUUCAAUGCAGCUAAAGAUAAGUGCCGCAUCCAGCUGGCACCUAUCCCAGAGGCCCAGGCAGUGGCGGUCAAAGAAAUCACGAUCCAGACAAACCUCUCGCCCACGGACGUGUAUGAGUCGCUGAAAGACAAAUGGGACGAGCUGAAACAGGCGGGAGUCAGUAACAUGAAGCUUGGGGACCAGGGGCCACCCGAGGAGACCGAGGACCGGUUCAGCAUGCCCCUCAUCAUCACCAUCGUCUGCAUGGCCUCCUUCCUGCUCCUGGUCGCUGCCCUCUACGGCUGCUGCCACCAGCGCCUCUCCCAGAGGAAAGACCAGCAACGACUCACGGAGGAGCUGCAGACAGUGGAGAAUGGUUACCAUGACAACCCCACACUGGAAGUGAUGGAGACCUCCUCAGAGAUGCAGGAGAAAAAGGUGGUCAGCCUUAACGGGGAGCUGGGGGACAGCUGGAUCGUCCCCCUGGACAACCUGACCAAGGACGACCUGGACGAGGAGGAGGACACGCACCUCUAAUCAGGUCUGCGGGUGGCCUCCGACAGUGCCACAGCGCUCCAGACUGAGCCACCUCAAGUGCCAUUCAGAUAGGGGAGGAAUGUCCUUCCCAGCUGAGGGAGAGACUGGCGAGGGAAGGAGACUUGGAGGCUCUCUCCACCCUAUCCCCACAGGGCCUUAAUUUCCCCCUUUCGGACUGAACAAGUCCCUUUCUGUCUCGAUUCGUCUUGUAAGAUAACCCACUAGUGCCUGAGCUCAGUACUGCUGGAAGGCGAGAGGGAGCUCACCAACAUGACCAUCUAACCAUCUAGUAGGACCCCUUCACCUCAUGUACGAGGGGACCGAGGCCUGACGGGGUAUAAGGUCCUGCUGACAGCCCCUGGUGACGGAGUCAGGAUGACAGCAGAUUCCUUCUUCCGGUCUGGCCGCACUGCCACCCCGCCCCACCGCCGCCACCACCCUGUACCCUCACCUCCGAUCCUCCCCCAGCGGGACAGAAGGGCCAGAUCCUGUCUCAGGGGGAUUGGAUUCCUUGAAAGUACGGGUCCAAGCUGUCCAUCUUGUGUCCCCCCCCCCCACCCUCACCUGGCAGUAUUCCUACCCCCUUUUUGCCUCCCCCACCCUUCACUCUGUAUCCCUACUCUGUCCCAAGGGCCUCUGGGACUCACACAGGUCAUUUAUGACUUUGAAUCCCUUGUCCUGGAUUCUGGCUUCCUUGGAUAUGAGUGGGACUCAACCCACAACAGACCCUAGUGUGAGCGAGGUCUGCUUCAGGGGUCCACCUUGCAGGUAAAGAUGGGUCCUGGCCCAGUGCCCAGGGCAAUCCUUGAAGGGGCUCCCCAGGAACUUGCUUGGCUUCCUGCUCCCACUGGGAACUAGAAUCUGCAGCAGCUAUGAAGGCCGAGUGCUCCUGUCUUGUUCCUCCUCAGCCCGUGUGGUGAGGUCCCAUGCUAGGGGAUCCCUCAGACCCGGCGAGAGCGGUAGCUGGGGGUGGGGGGCAGACUUUCCCAGGGCCUGGUCCACACAGAGGUGUCUUCAUAGACAAUCGGUCGACAGGAAAGAUAGGCUUUACUCUCUGUUCCAUAGGAAACUCAGGGACUUUUCAAGUUGCUGAGAGUUUUGCUGUAUUUGUGUUUCAGUCUAGCCCUCUACUGCCCAAAGCCAAAACUCCAGCCAUUGGGAGACUUUUCAGUUAACCAAUCUCACUGAUUCCUGGUUCUCCUGUGCCAUAGGGCAAGAAAGGCCUAGAAAGUGUGAUGCGUCUUAAGAUGCACAGGGGCAGCGUGGGGUGGAGGCUGUGGGGGUCCUGGUGACCUCUCAGUGUCCUCAGUGGCCCUGAGCUGGGUCUGGCCGUGUCCCCUUCUAUCCUUUGCAGGCCUACCCGGUUCUGCAGUUUCUGGUGGCAUCUCAGGGAAGCAGUGCCCUGGAGGGGCUUAGAGGGAGCUCAGCAGUCAGCUCCCAAGCAGAAGGCACCUGAGGACUGGGAAGAGGGAGGUUUAAUCUGGUUUUUCUGGGUGUGACUCUCUCAUUCCUGGGUGUGACUUUCCUGACACCAACUAGGAAGAUGAACAGAACUACUUCAGAGAGUGAAAGUGGUGAUUUCAGAGCAAGAAGCCAGAACCCCAGAACCUGGGGCCAGGCUCUGAUGGUCCUGAUGAAAUAGGCAGCCUGCUUUAGUAUAGCUUAUUUUUUUCAAAGAGCUUAGUGAGGGAAGAUCUCUGUCCUUCCCUGGCUGCCUUGAUUCCUUCUUCACAGUCAUUGGCCUUUGAUAUCUUAGGAGAAAAGACAGGCCAGGGGUUCAAGUAGGGCGUCCUGCAAGUUUCCAAGAGCUAGAGAGAUGCUAACAAGGAACCAAAAGCAUUUGCCCUGAUCCUCCAGCAUUUGGCAGUUGGCAGGAUGGAGAACAGUGCUCGUUGGGGGAAGAACAGAAGAAAUCUUGUUACACAGAUCUGUUUGCUUCCUUCCUGCCCAACAUUUGGUUCUUUCCACCCAGUGGGUUUCUGUGGAAGAGGGCAGACUGGAUUACUGCUCCUUUGCUGAUUCUGGGUCACAUUUUACCAACCAGGCCUUAAGGCAGAGACUGAAACUAUGCCUUCACAAAGAGAUCAAAGGCUCUAACCCCCCAGGCCUCUUAGGGAGAGAGAGGAUGUCUGGCAAAAAAUAGCGUGAAAAUUAUACUUGGUCAAGAGGAAUGACUGCGGUUCUGUCCAAGGGGAGCCUUGGGAAGCUUUGGGCCGGUUCAUGUGCUCCUUUUUGGUGCAUCCAGACUGGGUCACACUGGCCUGUAAGGGCAACUUCAGAAUCCAGUACCUGGCCUGGAUUGCUCUUUUCAUUAAAGUCUAGGUCCAGGGCCGUACAGCCACGCAUGCUCAAGGGUCUUCAUCCCGCAUCUGCACUGGGUUCUAAAUGCUGUCUGGUAAGUCAGAUGCUGGGGCGGAGAAGAAAGAAGAGGAACACCAGGAGCUCAGCCGGACUCUGCGCCACACAGAGAUGGUAAACUUGACGUCGGUGGCAGACUGGUUUCUCUGAGCUGCAUAAAAGGCCAGAAACCAUGGCCGAUGACUGGACAGAACCGGGAGGGGCAGUGCUCCCGGAGGAGGUACAGAACUCGCUUUGCACGGCAGGACAGAAUACGGGUGAGCCUAGUCUAGAUGCCAGAUUCUUUUGCCCACUCUUGAUAAGGAAAGAUGGCAGAAAAUUUAUUUAAACCACUUCUUGAGCUUUAACCUUUUUGACAAUAUACUGGAGAAACUUGGAAAAACAAGUCCAAGCUGAUACGUCCAUAUGUACUUCUUGAUAAAUGUAAAUACAACGCCACACGUUACUCUACCCUGCACUGCUUUAAGUGAAAAUACUUUGUAAAAACAUUUGUUAAGUGAGGUGGCUUCCCUCUCCCUGAAACAGGAAUGUAAAUGUCUGUUUCACUAGAAAUGACAAGUUUUUAAAAAAUUCUUCUUGAAUGAAAUAUGACAAGCUGAUGACAAAGUUUUUGUCUUUGAGAUCAGGCAUCUUUGUUUUAAAAUAUGAUUCUCACCCCCUCCCCAGCUAAAUUAUAGCCUAUCACAGGCUUGAAUCAAUAUGCACUGGUUAGAAAGUGAAACUCCAGUCCUAGGGAAAGGCUUUGAGAGACCUAGUCCAACCUUUGUUUUGUUCGUACAGAAAAAGACGCUGAAGCACAGAAAGAUAAAGUGACUUGGCCAAAAUCACAUGGUUAGUGACAGAAACAGGAUUAAAACACUGGUGUCGUGGGCCUUAGAAGGAAUUGGGAAGGACAAGCAAGCACCAGACUGACACUGAAUGCCCUUCUCAAAUCUUAACCUGCAGCAAGGCUGGGGAGGAUGUGAAGUCAGCAGUGGGAAACAUAACUGGUCUUCUCUUCCUUUGAGUUACUUAGGUCCUGGAUUUGAGUGAACGGUAUGCUUUUCUGUCAAGACACAAUUUUGGAUGGGCUCUGACUUGGAUCAUGUAGCAGGUCUGAGGCCCAAAGGGAACAAGCUAGGUGGAGGCAGAGGGGACAAGAGGAAAGCGAUGGCAAUAUUCUUCACUCACUAGUGGAUCGGCUCUGGUUGGGGGAAAACCCAACACUGAGUGGAAGGGAGGGAAUUAUUAUUUGAUGUGUGUCUUUUGUUACUAGUGAAUGUCAGAGUUCGCCCAGGAGACUGGGGGAGCGUGUGUCUUCAUGGACAGGGGUCUGAAGUACACUGGAAUUUACUGAGAAACUUGUUUUGUAAAGACUAUACUUAAUUAUUGCCAUUUUCUUACAAAACUAUAUUUUGGAAAAUUGUAUACUGUCAAUUAAAGUGCUUUUGUAUAAGCUGGUUCAAGCCCUGUUGGUUGAA